AUGUUCUUCAGCGAGGUCGUCAUAAGAUGUGUUACCUUUUUUUUUGAAACCGUCAUUGCUAUUACAUUAAAAAAAGAAUAUAAACAAGAAGAUGUCGAAGAAGUCGUCUACUUGACUCCUACUGAAGAUGAAGCCUCCGACGUCGAGGAACUCCAACCCUGGGAAGCAGCAAUGCGUGAGGACCCCUUCUACCGCAAUUUUUGGUCCACAAUCUACAAGAAGUUCCAUACUUUGGCUACCCCUAAACAUGGUGCUCCUCUCACUUCGGUCAUCCUCGAGCUCAAUACCACUACGGUUGCUACUGCAUCAGCUUGUUGCAUUCACAGAGACGAAGACAUAGAAGGCGUAAACUUUUUUAGUUAUAUCCGUAACUACAACGAGCAGCAACCAGAGCAAAUUAUCAACCAUGCAAUCAGUGGAACCCCUUUGAAGCUUUUGACCAAAAAUUAA